AAGACAUAUCGUUUAUGGAAAAAGCAAAUAUAUUCGGCUAAAAUAAUUCAAAAUGCAAUAAUUGAGUGGCUUUAUCGACCGGGUAGUACAUUUAUGAAACAAGCCGAAGAUCGAUAUCAUCAACAGAACAAUGCUCCAAAGGAUCUAAAUAUUUUUGAUUUACCAGAAUUACUAGAACAGAUUUUAUAUUUUUUAGAAAACGAUCGGUCCCUCUAUCCUGCUUUGUUUGUUAAUCGGUUUUGGUAUCACUGCAGUGCUCCUAUUCUAUGGCGAGAUAUUGAUUUUUUCAUAAAUUGUCAAGGAAACACAUAUAAUAACUAUUCAUCUGGAGAUCUUUAUUGGCGAUUAUUGAAGUUUAAAAGAGUUAUGUGUGGAAAGAUAAAGCCACUCUAUUGUUCAAAGAUGAAACUUAGACAUCUAGAGCUUGGUGAUUGCUCGAUUGGUAAUAACGCUGUUGAGGAAAUAGCCCGUAACUGUACUAAUUUGAAAUAUCUUAGUUUGAAGGGGUGUAGAAGGAUUGGCGAAGAA